AUGGCCGAGUUACCAACCCUCGUCUUCGUACCUGGUGCCUGGCACAAGCCUGCCUGCUACCGCGAGAUCAUCAAACUCCUGCAGCCCAAUUUCAAAUGCGUCUCAAUCACCCUCCCAUCCACAUCAGGAGGCCCCGAUGCGUCAUUCAAAGAUGACCUCGAUACCGCCCGCGAAGCCAUCUCCAGCGAGAUAACCAGCGGGCGCAAUGUCGUGGUCGUCGCGCACUCUUACGGCGGGAUGGUCGCCAAUAGCGCGAUCAAGGGAUUCACGCGAGACAAAACCACAAACCAAACACCCGGGACAGGAUCCGUGAUCGGGCUCAUCCUGGUCGCCUCAGGAUUCACAUUCACAGGCCUCUCAUUUAUGGAUCCAUUCUUCGGGAUCCCGCCUCCGACCUGGUGCGCUAAUUGGGAGACGGGUUACGCUGAGCUCGUCACUCCCCCGCGGGAAAUGUUUUACCACGACCUACCGCAAGAAGAGGCCGAGUACUGGGUUUCUCAGCUUACGCCACACAGCCUGAAAUCUUUGUUCGAAGGCGGCGAACAUAGUUAUGCUGGCUGGAGAGAUGUGCCGGUUUGGUAUAUUGGUACCGUCGAGGAUCGGGGGCUGCCUGUGUUGGUGCAACGGACGCAAAUCGGCAUGGCGAGGGAAAUGGGCUGUACUGUGGAACAUCGAGAGCUGCAGACGAGCCAUUCGCCGUUUUUGAGUCAACCUGAAGCGACAGUCGAGAUCAUGCGGGAGGCUGUUGAUGCGUUCACUGGCCAUUCGGGGACUCGUGAGGCUAGUGAGCGUGUGAAGGGCCUGAUUACGGUGGCUGGACCGAGACUCUGGAAACCUUUCACGUGGUUAAAGUUUGGACUUCCGCUUGUCUUUGGGCAUGUGUGUGGACGUGGGAUUCUGAUAUUUGAGUUUGGAAGGAGGAUGUGGAGGUCUAUCUUCCAUUAG